AGAGGGAGAGGCGGGGACAAGAGCGAGCGAGAGCUUUUCUCAUGUUCGGCCAGAGCUUUGCAGGGGAGGGCUUUCUGUAGCGCCCGAGCGUCCCUUGUACGCUUGCGCAGUAGACAGGGCGAGUCUGGGUACAACACGCUGAGCCAGCGGGUGGCUAACUGACACCACUCUAUUCGGCUCGAAAGAAGGGGAGGCGGCGGGCGUGGGGGCUUUCUGUCGCUGCGUGCUGACAUUUUAAACCCUCGCGUGGCAAAGCGAGGCUCGACAGAAGUGGCUCCUAAGGAUGGUGUUCGAGUCGGUGGUCGUGGACGUUCUGAACCGGUUCCUGGGCGAUUAUGUGGUGAAUCUGGACAGUUCCCAGCUCUCGCUUGGCAUCUGGGGAGGAGCUGUAGAACUUAAGAAUCUUGAAAUAAAAGAAAAUGCACUGUAUCAGUUUGAUGUACCAUUUAAAGUUAAAGCAGGGCAUAUCGGCCAACUGAAUUUGCAAAUUCCAUGGAAAAAUCUUUAUACUCAACCAGUUGAAGCUGUUUUAGAUGAAGUUUACUUGCUUAUAGUGCCUACAGCCAGUAUUAAAUAUGAUGCUGAAAAAGAAGGAAAACAACUGUUAGAAGCAAAGCAGAGGGAACUUCAAAGAAUAGAAGAUGCAAAGCAAAAGAUUGCUGACAAAGAUAAACAAGAAGAGAAGCAAGACACUUUCAUAGAAAAGCUAAUUACUCAGGUCAUCAGAAAUCUUCAGCUGAAAAUUUCUAACAUCCAUAUUCGAUACGAGGAUGAUAUUACAAAUAAAGAUAUUCCAUUAUCAUUUGGUGUCUCGCUUCAGAAUCUUAGUUUACAAACUUCAGAUCAAAACUGGAAUCCAUGUAUACAAGAUGCAACUAAUAAAUUGUUCUAUAAGCUUGUUCGAUUGGACAACUUUUUUGCUUAUUGGAAUGUGAAGUCUGAAAUGUUUUAUCAGGGGGGGUUUAAAGAAUCUUUGAGUAACUUAAAACAUGGAGUUGCAAGCAGUAAUAUGAUUCCAAAAGGCUACAGUUUUGUAUUCCGACCAAUUUCUGCUAAAGCCAAGCUCCGUAUGAAUCCACGAUCUGAUGUUGACUUUUCUGCACCAAAAUUAGAUUUAGAUAUAAAUCUUCAGGAUAUAGCCAUAGAACUUAAUAAACCACAGUAUUUCAGUGUUAUGGAGCUCCUUGAAUCAAUAGAUAUGAUGACUCGAAAUUUACCAUACAGGAAAUAUAGGCCAGAUGUGCCUGUUCACAACAAUGCCAAAACAUGGUGGAGAUAUAUUAUAUAUGGCAUUCUUGAAGUAAAUGUCCAACCCAAGUUACAGAUGUGGUCUUGGGAACAUAUUCAUUACCAUAGGAAUCAAGUGAAGAACUAUAAAGAUCUGUACAAGACAAAAAUAACAUCAAAGAAGCCGGCUGAGGAAUGUUUGAACAUUUUGGAGGAACUAGAGAAGACCUUGGAUAUAUUCAGCAUCACUCUGGCAAGACAACAGGCAGAAUUCGAGGCAACUAAGGCUGGAUUAAAGAUUUUCAGACCUGGAGCUAAACAAGAUGAUGAAGACUCUGGUGGCUGGUUUAGUUGGAUAUGGGGAUGGACUGGAGGAAAAAGCAGUGAACCCAAACAAGAACCGAAAGGUAUUGAACAGUUGAUGACCCCAGAAGAAAAGGAUAAACUGUAUGCAGCAAUUGGUUAUAGUGAAACGGCUGUUGAUCCAACUUUGCCCAAAACAUAUGAAGCCAUCAAGCUUUAUGUAAAACUAUUAAGCAUGACUGUAUUGAUAAGGGAAAACAAGGAGAAACCUGAGCUGCUUAAACUUGCAUUAAUCGAUCUGCGUACAGCAGUAACUCAACGACCUGGUGCUGAAGCAAUAAGAUUUGAAUCAAGUGUAAGUGCAUUUGAAGUUCAGGGUAUGCCUCAGGGAAAAACAGUACCAUGCUUACUGUCAUCACACACAGUCCAUUCAGAGCACAAUACAUCACUCUUCACCAUUAUGUUUGAGACCAAUCCCUUAGAUGAGACGGCCAAUCAAAAGCUAAGAAUAGAGUCACAACCUUUGGAAAUAAUAUAUGAUGCAAUGACUGUGAAUAGCAUAGUGGAUUUCUUCCGACCUCCAAGUGAUGUUCAUUUAGAGCAACUAACUUCAGCAACUUUAACAAAAUUAGAAGAAUUUCGUGAAAAGACAGCAACAGGCUUAGUGUAUGUUAUAGAAACACAGAAGGUUCUAGAUCUAAAAAUAUAUCUUAAGGCUUCCUAUAUCAUUGUUCCACAAGGUGGAUUCUAUGAACCAACAUCAAACAAGUUACUUUUGGAUCUUGGUAACUUAAAGAUGACUAGUAAAAGUCGGUCUGACUUGUGCAGUAUUAAAGUGGGCGAAAGCACUCUUGAAGAUAUUAUGUCAAGAGCAUAUGAUAAAUUUGACAUUCAGUUCAGCAGCAUACAACUUCUUUAUAGCAGGCACGAUGAAAACUGGGAGGAAGCUCGAAACUUACAGUCCUCAUCUCAACAUAUCUUGCAGCCUCUGGAUGUGAAAAUGGAACUGAACAGAGCUAUGGUUGUAACAGAUGCAAGAAUGCCCAAGUACAAAAUGUUUGGUGAACUGCCUUUAUUGUCUUUCAACAUCUCAGAUGAGAAAUUGAAAUGCAUUCUGGAUCUAAUUGAUAGUAUUCCUAAACCAGAAGGUCCACCUCCUGCUGCUGCACAACCUUCCAAGCUUCAAGUAUCUUCACUGCUAACAACACCAGAAAUGUCAGCCUCUGUACUUCCACUUCUAGAACCUCUUUCAGUAGCUGGAUCAAGUGAAUCCGAAGAUGAAUAUUAUGAUGCGCCAAGCAGUCCUGUGGAAGACUUGCCGUUUUUUGAAGCACCUUUGGGUUCCUUGAGUAGGACUAGCAGCUUCAAAAAAAAGACAGUGAGACGGGACUCUUUGAAGAAUAUGAUUGAUUUCCAACUAAGAUUUGAAAUAUCUGAGGUGUUUCUUCAGGUGUGUCGUCUUGCUGAAGGUGUUGAAAAGCCAAUUCUUCGCUUGGAGAUUUUAAAAUUAGGCACUGAGCUCAAGCUUAGAACAUAUGAUAUGACUGUGACAGCUUUUCUUAGAGAGAUUUGCUUACAAUGUCCAGAAUAUAUGGAUGAUAAAGAUAAACCAGUUUACAUCAUUUCAACACUGGAUAAUUCAGUGGAUGAUCUUCUAGCAAUUGAGUAUGUAAAGGCAGAUAUUAAUGCCCCAGAACUGAAAACUACUUACAAGAAUGUUCUACAACUGAUAAAGGUUACUUUUUCUUCUGUAGAUAUCCAUUUACACACAGAAGCACUUCUGAGUACCAUGAAUUUCUUAAAUAAUCUUCUUCCGAAACAAGAGACAAGUCCAGUAGAGAUUGUCCAGGAAAAAGAAGAAAAGAAGGAAGUUCUUAAGAAAUUUACUUCAAAAAAGUCAAAAUAUGAAGAUGUUUGUGAUCUCCAUGUUUGUGCAGACAUGUCCUGUUUACGCAUUUUUAUAAGAGAACAAAAACACCGGAUAUCUGAAAUCCGUGUUGAAGGUCUUGAUAGCCAGGUGAUGAUGAAGAAAGAAACAACUGAAGUAUCAGCAAAGUUGAAGAAUAUUGUUAUUUUGGAUUGUGAUGAGGCAGCACUGCAUAAAAAGGCUCUUUAUAUUACUGGAAAAGAGGUCUUCAGUUUCAAAAUGGUGACAUACAUCUAUGCUACAGAUGGCAUUUCUUAUACAAAUAUGAAUACUGUUGACAGCCAGGUUUACUUAACUGUUGGAUGCAUUCAAAUUGUUUUUGUCAACAAAUUUGUUUCUGCUAUUUUGGCUUUUGUAAACAAUUUUCAGACAGCAAAGGAAGCAAUUACUGAAGCCACUGUUCAGGCUGCUGAGAAAGCAGCUACUGGUGUAAAGGAAUUGGCUCAACAAAGUUCCAGAAUGGCACUGGACAUUAAUAUUAAAGCACCUGUUGUCAUAAUCCCACAAUCAGCAAUAUCUACUGAUGUUCUGGUUGCUGAUUUUGGUUUGAUCACCAUAAAGAAUGAGUUCUUGCUUGUUAAAACCAAGUUGCGAUAUAAUGUCCCACCUAUUCUUGAUGACAUACAUGUGAAACUGAGUGAACUAAAGUUAUACAGAUCAAGUUUCAUAAGUGGCUUAUUACAAAAUGAAGUACAGCUGCUACAACCAUUAAAUCUUGAAGUUACUGUUGAGCGCAAUUUAGCUGCUGUCUGGUAUCAUGACAUUCCAGACAUUAAAAUAUCUGGACGUCUCAAGCCAAUGAAUCUCAUUCUCAGUCAGGAGGACAUAACUACUAUAUUGAGAACUCUGAAUGAAAAUUUAGGAGAUAGUUCUGGCCCUCCACCUCCUGUGCCAGAAAAGAAAGAUGUACUCAGCAUCCAUAGUGGAGUAGCAAGUAUUUCCCAGCAUUCCGGAGCUGGAGUAAGAGUGGUGACAUCUGCUGUGGUGGAAGCACAUUCCUCUGUUAAGGUUAAAACAACACUAAAAUUGGACUUCCAGUUUGAUUCUCUGACUCUAGUUUUGUACAGUCCAAAUUCCAACCAGCCUCCAGUUCAGGAUCAACGAGAUGGUCAUUUGAAACUUGCAGAAUUUAAAUUGUUGUUAAUGUCAGCUGCUGUCAAAAUGUUGUCAGAUGGGUCAAUGAAUGCCUCAGUGAAGUUAACAAACUGUACUUUAGAUGAUAAACGACAGACAGUCCAGAAAGCUACACCAAGAAUGGUAGAAAUGAAACAUGGAUCUGAAAAGAAAGUCAUGCUGGAUAUAAGUUAUAAGCAGGGGAGAGAUGGCACCACAGUUCUUGACACAGUUGUUCAGGAGGCAUAUCUCUGUGCUAGCAUAGAGUUUCUGCUUACUGUUGCAGAUGUGUUUCUAAAAGCUACUGCUGAGAGUGCUGCUGCACAGAAAAACUUCAAGCAAACUUCGGCUGUAAAGGAACAAGUUUCUGUACAACCGGUAUCCUCAAUGGAAAUAAAUAUUGUCGUUAAAAAUCCUGAGAUUGUGUUUGUGGCCGAUUUAACACGAAGUGAUGCUCCUGCACUGGUGGCUACAGCACAGUGUGAAGUCUCCAUGAAAUAUGGCCCUGAAAUGUAUAAAAUGACAGCUGCUGUUAAAGAUAUAAAAGUGAAAGCAUGCCCGUUUCUUCCAGAUAUGAGAAAGGGCAAUAUUACUACGAUAUUGGAGCCCUGUGACCUCUUCUUUGAUAUGAUGCAAUCAGGUGAAGAUCCUCAGAAAGCUGAUCUAUCCAUUAAAUCCUUAACAAUUAAGGUGUCACCUAUUAUCUUAAAUACAGUCAUAACCAUUACAUCAGCACUUUUCCCAACAAAUGAGACGACAGAGAAAGACAUUAGUCCAGUACCUCCUAAUAUUUGGGAUAAGAAGAAUAUUAAAAAUCUAAACAUGUGGUUUCUUGAAGAGUCAAGUGAAAAUAAAGAUCCUGCUUCUGCAACUGAGUUGGUUCCUACAGGAGAGACAAUGAGAAUGAAAAUUGAAUCUGUUGUUAUAACUCUUGAAGCUGGGGUUGGCCACAAAACAGUGCCAAUGUUGUUAGCAAAGUCAUCAUUUUCUGGAGAAGUUAAAAACUGGAGUAGUCUGAUUAAUCUUUCUUCUCGUCUUCAACUAGAGGUACAUUAUUACAAUGAGAUGCUUGGUGUUUGGGAGCCAUUGCUUGAACCACUAGAAGUUGAAAACAGUGAUGAAUUCAGACCAUGGGUUCUAGAAUUGAAGAUGAAAAAGAAGGCCAAAAAAGCCUUGGUUGAAUCAGUUGAUGAAGAAGAACACUAUAAGGUGCCAGAGUACAAAACAGUGAUAACUAUUUAUUCUCAAGAUCAGCUGAACAUUACAUUGUCCAAAUGCAGUCUACUAAUGUUGAGUAACCUCGGCACGGCAUUUGCAGAAGCAGCUUCACAAACUUCAGAAAUCUUCAAAAAAGAUCGGGCCCCCUUUGUGUUAAUUAAUUCCUUAGGAGUCCCCACCAUUGUCUUGCCUAGUGAUUCCUUCAGUGUUCUUAAUGUUGAAUCAAAGGCAAAUUCAUUUCCUCUUGAAGAUGGGCAAAGUCUGAGUAUGGAGUAUGUCAGAACUAAAAGUGAACAAGAUCAAUUUACAGCAAUGACUACCCUAAGCAGCAAAGUGUUCUACAUUUGGCUUACUCCUCAGAAUCACUCAACUACAGAUAAGAUUCCACUGACAAAAGUGGGGCGAAGUCUUUAUAGCGUAAGACACAAUGACUCUGGUGUUGUGAGAUCUAUUGUUUGUCAAAUUGAUACCGUUGAAGGGAGCAAGAUUAUAACAGUACACUCUCCUAUUCAGAUAAAGAAUCAUUUUUCAAUUCCCCUGAGAAUAUUUGAAGAUGGGAAGUGUUUAGGAAUGGCUCUACCAGAGGAUGAAUUUAACAUACCAUUGACAAGUUAUAGAGCACUGCUGUUUUUUCAACCAGUAGCUGAUGAAGAAUAUGCAUCAAGUGAAGGAGUUAGCUUUGAUGAAAUGGUGAAGAAUUUUGGAAAAUUGUUGCAGAAGAAAUGUCAGCCUAUAAAAUCAGCUAACAAUCCACUUAUCAUCAAUAUUGUUCCAAUGCAAGAUACUCUGAUAUCGACAGUUUGCACAGAUGAUCAGUGGGACUUACCUUAUGUUGUUCAUUUAUGGCCUUCUAUUCUUCUCCGGAAUCUCCUUCCAUAUCAGAUUGCUUAUUCCUUAGAGGGAUAUGCUACAACAUGCAACACUCUAGAAAAUGGAUGUUCAUCUCAGAUUCAUAAUGCAGUAUUGGAUCAGAGCAAGCUGAAAUUACAUUUACUUAAUUAUCUUGAUAAAAAUUGGAUUGCUGAGUACCACAUUCAAACAAAUCAGCAAGAAAUUAAUUUCAUCACAUUCUCAUGCAUCACUGACGUUGACAGAACAGAAUUGGAUAUUGCUGUCCAUGUAACCUAUGCCACGGGACAAGUGAUUAUAGCAAUUCAUAGUCCAUAUUGGAUGGUUAAUAAGACUGGGCGAAUGUUGCAGUACAAAGCUGAUGGCAUUCACCGCAAACAUCCACCUGACUACAAGAUGCCACUCCUUUUUUCUUUCCAACCUAAACACUUCUACCGUAAUAACAAGGUUCAGCUUAUGGUGACGGACAGUGAACUUUCUGAUCACUUUUCUCUGGAUACUGUUGGCAGUCAUGGUUGCGUUAAAUGUAGGAGCCACAAAAAGGACUACCAAGUUGGUGUCACUAUACAUAACAGCAGUUUUAACCUCACCAGAAUAGUGACUUUCACACCCUUUUUUAUGAUUACAAACAGAAGUACACACACUUUAGAAGUAGCUGAAGAGGACAAUGAAAAGUGGAUACCAAUAAUUUUCCAGCAGUGCACUCCUUUCUGGCCUGAAAAUAAUGAAAGCAAAUUAUGUGUUAGAGUAGAAAAUUCUGACAUUCCACCAAAAAUUAUACAGUUUGAUAAGCAAGAAAAUUGUUUACUGCUACACUUAGACAACAGGCUUGGAGGAAUUAUAGUAGAUGUUACACUGGCUGAACAUUCAACAUCAGUUACAUUCUCUAAUUACCAUGAUGGUGCAGCUCCCUUCCUGAUAAUUAACCAUACCAAAGAAGAACUAAUUGAAUAUGGGCAAAGUUCUCACUAUGUAAUGGAAGAUGUUCUAACACCAAAUAAAGCAGUACUAUACACAUGGGCUGAUCCUGUAGGGUCUAGAAAAUUGAAAUGGAAAUGUGGAAAGAGCAAUGGGGAAGUAACUCAAAAAGAUGACUUCAUGACUCCUGUCCAAGUGGGAAGCAAGACUAUUUAUUUAGUUUCAUUUUUUGAAGGCUUGCAACGAAUUGUCCUGUUCACUGAAGAUGAAAAAGUUUUCAAAGUGGCAUAUGAAAGUGAAAAAGUUGAAUUGGCCGAACAAGAAAUCAUUAUAUCAUUACAAGAUGUUGGGAUUUCUUUAGUAAACAACUAUUUAAAACAAGAAGUAGGCUACAUUGGCAUCACAAGUUCUGAUGUAAUUUGGGAGACAAAACCCAAGAAAAAGUCAAGAUGGAGGCCACUGAGCGUGAAGCAAACUGAAAUGCUGGAGAAAGAAUUUAAUGAAUACUGUGAUCACUCACCCACAGAAAAUAAAAUAGUGGAGUUGGAUGAUAAUGUUCCGGUCUGCUUGACGCCUACUGGUAAUAACAUGAAGAUACUGCAGCCAAAUGAAAUCCCUGUGAGAAGAAGCUUUUUGCCAGCUUUAAAAGUUCAAUAUAGUACAUCUGAACAUCAGUCAUCCUUCAGAGUUCAGAUUUAUAGGAUUCAGAUUCAAAACCAGAUUCCUGGAGCCAUAUUUCCCUUUGUGUUCUAUCCUAUUAAACCUCCCAAGUCCAUCUCCUUGGAUUCAGAACCCAAACCAUUUACUGAUGUCAGUAUUGUAAUGAGAACUGCAGGACAUUCCCAAAUAUCACGUAUAAAGUAUUUUAAGGUCCUAAUUCAAGAGAUGGAUCUCCGAUUAGAUCUUGGGUUCCUUUAUGCUUUGGCUGAUUUCUUUACACUUGCUGAUGAAGUGCCCAAAGACCAAGAGAUUGAGCUUUUCAAAAGGGAUGUAGAAGUUGUACAGGAGGAACUGAAGAAUAUAUCAUCAACAGAUACAUCACAAAUCAGCUUAUAUGAGUAUUUUCAUAUUUCUCCAAUCAAGUUACACUUAAGCUUUUCACUCAGCACUGCUGGAGAAGAUAGCAACAAGGAAGAGAGAAGCAAGGAGCUAAUUCCAUUUCAGUCCUUAAACCUCUUGUUAAAGAGUAUCGGGGCCACACUCACUGAUGUGCAGGAUGUUGUUCUCAAGUUGGCAUUCUUUGAGCUCAACUACCACUUUUGUACCACACAACAACUACAGUGGGCUGUUAUUAUGCAUUAUUCGAAACAGGCUAUUAAGCAAAUGUAUGUUCUUAUUCUUGGCCUGGAUGUUUUGGGCAAUCCAUUUGGAUUCAUAAGAGAUUUGUCUGAAGGAGUUGAAGCUUUCUUCUAUGAACCUUACCAGGGGGCUAUCCAGGGUCCAGAAGAGUUUGUAGAGGGAAUGGCACUGGGACUUAAAGCCCUUGUUGGUGGUGCUGUAGGUGGGUUAGCUGGUGCUGCAUCAAGAAUAACUGGGGCUAUGGCUAAAGGAGUAGCAGCAAUAACUAUGGAUGAAGACUAUCAGCAAAAGCGAAGGGAAGCAAUGAAUAGGCAGCCUGCUGGCCUAAAAGAGGGUAUCACGCGAGGUGGAAAAGGCUUGGUAUCUGGUUUUGUCAGUGGAAUAACAGGAAUAGUAACAAAGCCAAUUAAAGGAGCCCAGAAAGAAGGAGCAGCAGGUUUCUUUAAAGGUGUUGGAAAAGGAUUAGUGGGAGCAGUGGCAAGACCUACUGGAGGAAUAAUAGAUAUGGCCAGCAGCACCUUUCAGGGAAUUAAAAGAGCUACAAAUGCUUCUGAAGAUGUCAUGAGCUUGCGUCCUCCCCGCUUCUUUGGUGAGGAUGGAGUUAUUCGGCCAUACAGAUUAAGAGACGGUGCUGGAAGUCAAAUGUUACAGAAUAUUGAAAAUGGAAGAUUUGCAAAACUGAGAUACUUUACACAUGCAAUGGUUAAUAGUACAGAUUUGCUAAUGGUAACAAAAAGUGGCAUAUUAUUUGUAACAAGAGGUACAUUUGGACAAUUAACAUGCGAAUGGCAGUACACAUAUGAUGAAUUUACCAAGGAGCCAUUCAUUGUUGAUGGACGGAGGUUGCGCAUUGAGGCAAAGGAACGAGUCAAGUCUGUAUUCCACGCCAAAGAAUUUGGAAAAAUAAUUAAUUUUAAAACACCGGAUGAUGCUAAGUGGAUUCUCUCUAAACUGGAAGAAGUGAGAGAAAAUCAGCCAAAAUUAUGACCAUUGGUGUAAGAUUCCAAGAUGGACAAAAUGGAGGCUGCCCAAUUCAGGUUAUUGUACAUUUUGAUUGCAGCUGGGCACAUGACAGUGUUAGUUAUGAUGGGAGAUUUUUCAAGCAAAUUGAUUUUGAGUCUUCUACACAGCUGAGGUGGGGAGUGGAAUCUGCCAUACUCAGUGUUAUGUAAACUGCUCUAGAGUUGAGAAUGUCUGCCAAAGUGUGGCUUAUUGGUCUGUUUAUUUAUAAAUAAUACCCAGUUAUUUAAAUCUGGAAUUACAAUGACAUUUUCCUCCAUAUUCUGUCACAUAUUUUGCAAAGACUAAUACCUAGAGUAGUCUUGGGAUUUUAUGUGGUAAUCAGGGUCCCCGUUACCCCCAAUCUGAGCUUUAUUUCUCCUGUCAUAGGGAUUUUAAUUAAUAUACUGUAGAUGCCACAUUACAUGUUACUAUUCACUGAAAUUCAGUUAAAUUCUUCAGGGAAAGACCGAUUUAACCAGCAAUGCUCUUAUAUUAUGAACAAUCUUGCUGACCAGUUUAUUCAAGAGAAGACUUUUUAUUUACAAAUAUAUAUAUCAUGAGGUUAUUUAGUUUUUUUUAUACAAAUAAACAGUUUGUGGUACUGUAACAUCAUUUUUAACAUUCACUUUUUGUAUGAUGCAAAAAAUUAGCAAAGUGUUCUGGUACCUCAUGAUGAUAUGUAGAUGUACACAAAUAUGUGAAUUUAUUGAAAUGUUAAUCUGGGUGGGGAUGUGCCUUUGCAGUAAUGCUCUGCAUGGCAUGGUCUUUACUUUUAACACUUCAUAUUAUCAGUGAAGAGACAGAAACCUUCUGCAACAGAAUGUUUUGAAAUAGUAUUUCAUUCAAGCUGUCCCUCGGGUUUACAUACUAUUUUGUGUUUUUAAAAAAAUCUAAAUUUCAUGAUCAUGCUAAAUGCAUUUUCUUUAAUAAAAAUAAUAAUUUGAUAACAUAUAUUAACAUUGUGUUGCACUGAACUUUUACUCAGAGGAGACCUAUUGAAAUUAAUGGACCUAAGUUAGUCAUGUCCAUUAACUUCAUUGGGUCUGCUCUAAUGGUGGAUACAACCCUUUGGUUUCAGCCUUUAGACUCAAAACAAUUCAUAACAUUUUCCAUAUAGAAUUGCAAAAAUCUUAACAGGGCUUCAAUAUAUGGAAGGCUGCAUAGACAUUUUUUAAAAUCUGAUUUUGCUAAGCUAUCCAAUAAUGCCUGUAAAUGCACAUGUAGCUGGAGUUCAUAAAAGGGAAAAGGAAUGCAAACGUAUCUAAGUGUAUUGCCUAAUCCAGGUCUGAUGCAUGUAGUAAAUGUCUCCUCCAGAAUAUUCUUCCCAAACUGUUGUUUGGAGGAUUGAGGUGAAAGAGAUUAGUCCUCCUGAACUUGCCAAUGGUACUUAAGCUACCCAAACUGUAGCUUUGUUGUAAAAGCUAAAUAAAGUAAAUGGCAUGCCAAAUGUAAUUGUAUGUAUUUAUAUAGUCUUGCUUGCUCCGUUAUGUAACCACCUCAGGGUGCUUACAAUAAUACACUGCAAUCGUCUCCAUAACAUUGUAUUCCUUGCUAUACUUAAUGUAAAUUAAAUUAAUGAUUACUGGAAAUGCCAAAGUAUAACUUGGAUUUGGUCGCAAGAAUGUGAAUGAGCUCUGUCUAAAUUCAUUGAUUUAACUAACAAGUGUAUCAGACUUGAGCAUUUACACUUUGAGCCAGACCAACCAUAUCAUUACUUCUAAAUGUAUUUAAUAAAAGAGUGCAAAUG